GGUCUAGACUCGUGUUGCGCAAGGCACAGCCGCUGGCAGAAGUGCAUUGCAGCAGUGCCUUGCCAGCCGGGAUCUCAAGACCUUCCGGACUGCAUCGCCAACGAGUUACAGGACUGUGAUGGAAGGGAGGAUCAGGCAUUCAAGGCCAACCUACCAGCAUCUGAUGGGUUGGUGGAACUGCUAAAUCGCGGUCAGCCAAUGAAAUACAUCAACCUCGCUGCUGCUCGCUCUUGCUGCACUUGGAAGCUUCCGGACACGGGGCCCUAUGACGGCUGGUUGGGCGUCUAUUAUGAGUUCACCCUGAAUACUUUCGAUCCUCCGGUGUUGUUUCCACGUGUAGCAGUGCUCUCCUCCAACGAGGGGAAUGGAAUCAGCAGCACGGUUUACAAAGCCCGGCAGGUACCGUACGACCGCAGUGAGCCUGCCAGUCUCGAGGGGACCUGGUACAAGUCCAGCGCACUUCAAGGCAACGAAAUCAAUUGCGUUUGUGAUGCUGGAACGCUGAUGCAGAAGUUCAACAAGAGCACCUUGCUGGUCACCUUUGUGUGUGUGGAAGUGCCCAACCUGGGUGCCUGCACCGAGGAGACCUCGGUGCAACAGACAGUCGACGGGAGCACCUCGCAAAUCGACGUCGACUGUGGCAAGGACCGCGGUCUUCAAGCCAUUCAGGCUGAGAUUGACUCCAAGAGCAGGUGGACAAACUUCCGUUUCCGAUGCUGCCAGAUCACCGCCAACCCCGUGCGCAUGACCAAGUUCGGGUCAGGCCGCGUGCCUCCCGACCCAGCAGAGCAAGGGAUAUACGAUGCGGUUGCCCGCGAUGAUUUUGGCCGACCCCGAUACGCCGGGCACGACUGGAGCGGGAGGGCUUUAGGCACCCUGAAUCAUAAUGCGGACACCGGGCUGUGGUGUACAUCAUUUGUCGCAACGCGGAAAUGUGUCUCCAGCGAUCUGGUAAAUCCACUGGACCAGCAGCUGGGCGGGGAGAACUGGCAGGCACCAGCAGUGCCAAAGCAGAUGAAGCCUUUGAGCUUAAAAUGUAAAGAGGCUUAUACGUUGGGGUCAGUUCACCGCGUGCUUGAGCGCAGGCUCCUCGGCACUGUGCAGGUCGUCCCAGUGAGUGACUUCGAUGCCAAGUUCGAGGCCUUCGGAGCGAAGCUGCCGAAGCGUUUCCAGUCGAAGCGAAAGGUGCCACCUCAGCUGACCUUCGCUGCCGAGGAUCCGGCCUACGUGCCUGAGUGCAAGGAGGAGUCCGACCCAGGCUCUGAGAAGUUUGAUCAGACGAUCAUGAACGAAGUGGCGGAGGAGCUCAAAGACACGGACAACCCGUGUGGCUUAGUUUUCAGCACUCCAAAAACCAAGAAGAAGAAAACUGGCCUCCCGCCGGACAACUUCUUCGGCAUUCCUGACAUCGAUGGCUUUGGAGACGUCUUCGGGUCCGAAAUAGACAAUGAUGGCGAAGGGAUGUCCUACUACGCGUGGAACCUUGAUGAUGUGGACCAGCCAGGGGCGUCGGGCCUCACACCGAAAACAGUCAGCGAGUGCGCCAGUCGGGAGAUCAAGCGGGACUUCAAGCUGGCGCAGUGGCAAAGGGAGUACGAGGUGUUUCAGCAGAGACUCGAGUUUUUGGAGAAGACCGAGGCUCCGUUGGCAGCGCUUCCUGAGGUUCAGGUCGGUAUUUUCGGCGUGGGGAUCACCAUCAAGACGGGCAAGAUCGCCUCGAACGUGGUCAAGGCGUUCCGCCGCGUAUCCAUGCUGAACAAUGAGAUGAGGCUCUGGGCAAGAGACAGCCGAUUCGCCACGGCUGACAACGAGGACUGCAGCUCCUUACAGCAUGGCCUGGCGCGGAUCUUUUGCGACCUCCACUGUGUUCGGGACGCCGUGAAGAAAGGCGACGCAGCGAUCCUCACGAGCCUGGAAGAGGGCGUUUCGGUUCUUCAGCGGGAGAUGCCGCUCGGCUCCGCUGUUUGCGCUUGCGACAUCGUGCGCAACCUCUUCCAGGCAUUCGUCCCGGACAGCUCUCAGUCGGCCAGCCUUUUAGCAGCCUCGCAGCACGAAGACUUCCAGCAGAUGCGUGCCGGGCUGGCCACGGACGUCCGUGAGAUGCGACAACUCCUCCAGCGGACGGCGUCCUUCGUGGCGACCAUGAACGACGUCUUACGUGCAAAGACCCGCACCCUGGGAAUCUACCAUGCGGGUGCCUCGAAGAGCAGGCAGCGGCAGUCGACGCUGUAUAAGGGCCUGCAGGACGAGUUGCGAGAAUUGUCUUUCAAGGCAACGCUAAGAGCGAUGGACGCAUCGUGGUGGGAUUUGCGUCGACACCUUGACCGGUACUUGGACUCCUACGAUGCAUAUCUCAG